GUCUGUAUGUCAGUUCCUGUCUACCCCAUAAUAUAUUUUAGUUUUACUUACAACAUAUAUUUGUUAGCUUACUAGCUAGCUGAUUCAAAAGGCCAUCAUGAAUGUAAAAUGGAUGUGUUAGAGCAGGAAAACACAUUUUGUACAGUAUAAGUGUAGUCCAGAAACAGGGGUGGUAAGCAAUGUUUUAUCGGAUUAAUUAGGUCUGUCACGUAGCUGUUAUUACAACUGGGAUUUUCAUGUGAAAACGUAAGGGCAAAAUGACACUCUGCCUUAAUGUUUAUCGAGAUGAAAGUAAUCGCUUGACUCUGGGAGAGGCGUUUCUUUAGGGGGCUUGGUCGAGCGUGUAGUGUUAUCUCAAUGGGCUUGGUGCAGUAGUAGGUAACGUUAUAGGUGUCGUAGCUCAGCUAGUUUCCCUAACUCUGCUUAAAACUCCCUGCGAGCAUGCGGUUACUCCACACGAUAUGUGUGUGUUGUCCUGAUUGUUUUGUUGUAACUCGGUUAGUGGAUUAGUGUAAGUCGCCGAAUUCGUUAUUACAGACUCCUCGUUGAUCAGACCCGUUCGCCGCUAGCUAGGAAAACAUAACUGGCGCUGGAAAAAUGCCGUCUUCGAGGGAAGGCUUAUCCGGAGAAGGUGAAGUGGUCACUGUGAAACAUGAACUUACAAACGCUAACCUGACGGGCCACGUGGAGCGCGUGGGCAUCGAGAACUUUGAGCUGUUGAAGGUCCUGGGCACAGGAGCCUACGGCAAGGUGUUCCUGGUACGCAAGGUGAGCGGACACGACUCAGGUAAGCUGUAUGCCAUGAAGGUGCUGAAGAAAGCCACCAUCGUGCAGAAGGCUAAGACGGCCGAGCACACGCGCACAGAGAGGCAGGUCCUGGAGCACAUCAGGCAGUCCCCGUUCCUCGUCACCCUGCACUACGCCUUCCAGACAGAUACCAAGCUGCACCUCAUCCUGGACUAUGUGAAUGGGGGAGAGCUCUUCACACACUUGGUGCAAAGGGUCCGCUUCAAAGAGCAAGAGGUUGCUUUGUACAGCGGAGAGAUCGCACUGGCGCUCGAGCACUUGCACCAGCUGGGGAUUGUCUACAGAGACCUAAAACUGGAGAACAUUCUCCUAGACUCAAAUGGACACGUCGUCUUAACGGACUUCGGGCUUAGCAAAGAGUUUGACGAGGUAGAGAGGGCUUAUUCCGUCUGCGGCACAAUAGAGUAUAUGGCCCCUGAGAUCGUAGAAGGAGGGGAAUAUGGACACAACAAGGCCGUGGACUGGUGGAGUCUGGGAGUUCUGAUGUAUGAGCUCAUGACCGGUGGAUCGCCUUUCACUGUGGAUGGAGAUGAGAACUCCCACUCUGACAUAGCCAAGAGAAUCCUGAAGAAGGAUCCUCCAUACCCCAAGGACAUGGGGCCGCUGGCCAGAGACAUCAUUCAGCGGCUCCUCAUUAAAGAUCCAAAGAAAAGGCUGGGCUCGGGGCUCUCAGGGGCCCAGAAUGUGAAGAGCCACCCAUUUUACCAGAAAAUUAACUGGGAGGAUUUGGCUGCCAAGAAUGUCCCGGCUCCCUUUAAGCCAGUCAUCCGGGAUGAGCUGGACGUGAGUAACUUUGCGGAGGAAUUCACAGAAAUGGACCCCACAUACUCCCCUGCUGCACUCCCACAGAACUGCGACCGCAUCUUCCAGGGCUACUCCUUCAUAGCUCCCUCCAUCCUUUUUAAGAGGAAUGUGGUGAUGGAUGAACCUGCCCAGCUGUGUGGCGGAGCAGACAGGCCCGGGGCUGCUGCAGUCGCACGCUGCGCCAUGAUGAAGGACUCCCCCUUCUACAUGAACUACGAGAUGGACCUCAAGGAGGUGGCACUCGGGGAAGGCAGCUUCUCCAUCUGCAGGCAGUGCACACACAAGAAGAGUGAACAGAAAUAUGCAGUAAAGAUUGUUAGCAAAAGAAUGGAGGCCCAGACCAAGAAAGAGAUAGCUGCUCUCAAGCUGUGUGAUGGACACCCCAACAUAGUCAAGCUGCAUGAAAUCUACCAUGACCAACUGCAUACGUAUCUGGUCCUGGAGCUGCUGCGUGGGGGUGAGCUCCUCGAGCGGAUCCGGAGGAAGCAGCACUUCAGCGAGACGGAGGCAAGCCGCAUCAUGCGCAGGCUGGUGUCUGCCGUCAGCCACAUGCACGACGUGGGCGUGGUUCACAGAGACCUGAAACCCGAGAACCUGCUGUUCACCGACGAGAGCGAGAGCUCCGAGAUCAAGGUCAUCGACUUCGGCUUUGCUCGUCUCAAACCGCCCGACGACCAGCUCCUGAAGACGCCCUGCUUCACCCUGCAGUACGCCGCCCCCGAGAUCCUCACAUACGACGGCUACGACGAGUCCUGUGACCUCUGGAGUCUGGGCGUCAUACUGUACACCAUGCUGUCCGGUCAGGUGCCCUUCCAGUGUCAGGAGAAGAGUCUGACCCGCACCAGUGCCGAGGAGAUCAUGAAGAAGAUCAAGCAAGGAGACUUCUCCUUCCAGGGGGAGGCCUGGAAGAACGUGUCCCAGCAGGCUAAGGAGCUCAUUCAGGAGCUCCUGACGGUGGACCCUACCAAGCGGCUAAAGAUGUGCGAGUUGCGCUACAAUGCCUGGCUGCAGGAUGACAGCCAGCUCUCCUCUAACCCCCUCAUGACCCCCGAUAUCCUGGGCACGUCCACCGCCUCUGUGCACACCUGCGUCAAAGUCACCUUCAACGCCUUCAACAAGUGCAAGCGCGAGGGCUUCCGGCUGCAGACGGUGGACAAGGCCCCUCUGGCCAAGCGCAGGAAGAUGAAGAAGACGAGCACGAGCACAGAGACGCGCAGCAGCUCCAGCGAGAGCACACACUCCUCCUCCUCGUCCUCGCAGUCUCAGGAGAAGACCCCACCCGGCAGCGGGACGCCCGCCUUGCCGCUGCUGUCCAUCCACACGCCCCUCCCGCCGGGCCCCGACGACGAGCCGUCGCAGAGCCAGCCCCGCUCCGCCUUCCACUUUUCCGAGUGAGCCCAUCGGAGGCCACCACCCUUUCUCUCUCCCUAGGGCCACACUCCACCGCGCCCUGUCCCCUGCGUGCUCACCCGGAGCCGCCUGAGCCUUCCGCCAGCAAUAGACGGGGGAACGGAGCAGGGCCCAGGAGUGUGGGGGGGGGCUGUGAAAACGAGCUCAUCCCGGGUCGGGAGCUGGCCUGGUCCCACGCUCCUCACCCAGGUGACCGGGCCUCUGCGUCUGGUGCAGCUCACCCACCAAGAUGAGGUUCAUUCGGGAAAGCGUGGGACAGUUUCCUGGGACCUAGUUUCCGUGCUGUCCUGCCAAUUUUAAGCUCUGCAAAAAAAAAAAAAAAAAAAAAGGAACAGAAAAGAAAUGGAGUAUUUAUUCUAAAAGAAUAUAAAUGCAAAGGUUUAUAAAAUAAGGUUUACUGUUUAUAUGUUAAGUUAUUCUUAUAUGUGGUCAAUUAGACUGUGAAAGUUUGAGGAUGUCCUUUAGAAACAGUUUGUGACAAUUGUUCUCACUGACCUCAGCACAGGUCAGGAAUACAGGGUACUGUAGCUUUUCAGUGGUUUUGCGUGCACAGGCUUAUCAGUCUGAGGCUUCUUCCAAACCAAACUGAACAGUGAAGUAGCACCGAUUUUGUCUGAGAGAAUUCAGACAAAUCAUUUUCUACCUUUGACAACGAAGAACAGGCAACAGCCUCUUCCGCAUAUAUAAUGUUUCACCAGGUAACAGGGGGGAACUGUUUGACAGUAAAGAGGGUUAUUUUGUACUUGAAAUUACUCUUGAUGCAGAAGAGAGAGGUUGCGGGGCAAGCCACAGUGCUGCAGCACAUAGUGCUAGACAGAGGCAAAACAGCGUAAAGAGGAUGCAAUCAGCCAAGCAUUGUUUCUCGGUUCCAGUUCCAGCAUUGGAAUGUCUCUGGCUGUUUGUUGUCUGAAAUGAUUUUUAGUUGGGGCUAAGAUUUUAUUGGUGAGUGGAUUUAGGCUAUGCUUGAGCCUAGCUGUUGGCAGGAUAAUGAAUGCUGGUGAAAUGAGUAAGAUUGUAGGUGAAGGGAAAUGGCUGCAUUGUGGCAUACAGACUCACAGUUGUUCAGCACUAAGGAAAAAACAUUAUUUUCUCCAGUGGUCAUAUUUAACCUCUGUCGUAUCAGAAGGGGGUAAAUCUAAGUGACCAGCAGCAAGUCAGUAAUAAGACUAACAAGAGAGCCCUAUAAAUGUAUUGCACCUUUAGAGUUCUAUGAGAUGAUUACUUUAUUUGUUAUAAAACUAAGUGAAGUGCUCUCCCACAGGUACACCUGUAUCCCUAUGUGUCUAAUGACACAAUGUCUAGUGUCUAUGUAAUGACAAAUUAGCAGUUCAUCAGAAUAAUCCACAGAACAAAAGGUAGCAUGUAGCUUCACUGUCUGAACAGGGCUCAGAUGCAUCAAGCGUACGCCCAGUUGCCUCGUAUCAUGCGUCCUGCACAGAUGGCUGAGCAUGUGUCUACUUCCUUGCUAAGAGCAGGAUUUGAUUUAAGUGUGAAUGCAUCAACAUUACUGACUUGCUGUUGGCGUCCUAUGCAAAAACGGCCCCUUUUCUUCCUCUAGUAUUACAUUUAUGAGCAGACCUGGUUUGCUAGGGUCUGUUACGCAUUAUAAAUGAGAGAGGCGGGGGAAAGUAAAAGAAAAGGAGAACAAAAACACACGCCUCAUUAGGGCUCUUUAAAGCUUCGCAGCUUGUAUGUCAGUCAUUUUCACAAGGAGCUUUAGUGUUUUAAACAAUCGCACGUUUUCCGGUGUGUGCGUGCCUAGCCAAGCCGUGACAUCCAGCUUAAAUGUGAAAGGCAGCAUACACACACACACACACACACACACACACACACACACACACACUCACUCACUCACUCACUCACUCACUCACUCACUCACUCACUCACAGCUCCUUUGGUCCAUUGGUGCUCCUGCCCACGUGACAUGGCAGCAGAUGAGCAAUAAGUGCGGGCAGAGCUCUGCCCACUUUGCUAGUGCUGAGAGCUGUUCGCUGAGGCUUGCACGCGGUUCCACCACUCCCUGCCCCACUCUGUGCCUCUUGCUGAGUCCCUUCCUUCUUGCCCUGCUGUGGCUGUUUGGGUGUAUUAAUAGAAUAGGAUAUGUGUGCGCGCCCCACAUUGGACUCCUCGGGGAGUUGAGGCUUUAUCCGUUGCUUUGCCGCCAUGCCAUUCCUCCCCCGGGAGAUUAAGCAGCUCAGAGUCCUUCAGCAAGGACAGGCACGCGGGAACACCGAGGGAAGAGAUGGGCAGAAGCGUGGUCACUGCUUCAUAGCCUCAGGAAACACCUGAGAAUUUGGCUUUCACAAAGACUCUAGACUCCUUCGCAUUUUCCUAAGGCUGGUAGGUCAGAACUCCGUUCUACCGUUUCAUUCAUCUCUAAAGCACUCCUGCUGUGCUCCUGCUGUUCCAGUAGCCGUCCUCCCGAGCUCUUAAAAAGCCUUGGGUCCGGCUGCGUGCGUGAGGCCUUCAUGUAUAUGCUAGUGGGUACCAUUUACCGUUUGCUAGGGUGGAGAGAGCACACAUCCUAACCGUGUGCCCUUGAAAAGAGCUCGUUCCUUUGAUCCAAGCACUCCUUCAUCGCAAGUUAUUGUUGGCCUACUUUAAUGCUCUCAGGAGCUGGUUAAUUGUGGCCCUUUUUCCUGCUAUUGUUCCAGAGGGGCCCUGCGUAAGUACAUAUCCCCCUGCGCUGCCGGCGGUCAUGUCCGCCGGCUCGCGCUUUCAUCUGCCCGCGGAGGUGGGGCACGCCGGCCCGCCAUGAUGUGGGCGGAGGGGACAUCUCCAUAUCUCCCAGCGCAUCUAAACCUGCACGCUGCAGCCUCUUUAGGCUGUGUUUGAAGGGAAUCCAGCUCCUUUCCUUUUUAUGGAAUUGAAGGUUUUAUGCUUUAUGGGAUAUUGUAUUGAAUAAAAAUAAUACUUCAAAUUUGUAUGGUAAAAAAUUUCAUGUCUAGGGUCAUUUUGAGAUGAACUGUCAUUUUAAAAGUGGCUAGGGAACAAAUAUUUACCUCUAAUAUGCUUCCACAAGCCAUAGACAAGGCAUUCAUCUCUAGUUUUUAUCAGAGUGAGCAAACUAGAAUUGUUGAACAGUUGUUUUCACUGUUGAGUAAAGCGAAUGUAAUAGUUCUGCUGUUUUGGCAGUGUGUGAAAUCAAGCUUCUGAAGAAGGCAACGCUAAGUGUUUUAAGUAGGAAGUAGCCAAGCUUUCAGUUGUGUAAGUUGCCUACUCCCACGUUGUGUUGUCUCACCUCCAGAGCUUAUCUGUUGCAUCUCUUGAGAAAUUUUGUGUUCUCUCUCUUGUAUUGUAAAACACUGAAGCCACAGGUGGGCUAGUGUCUCCUUUCAAUGUGAAGGCAAAAAUUAUUCAUAGAACUUCAUUUUAUAUUUCUUUCAUGAGAUUAUUAGAUUUUUUUUUUUGAUUUUUUUUUUGCCAAACCUUUGAUCUGUAGCAGUGAAACUCGAUGCAAAUCCUUAGCUUCUAACAACAAAAACCGAUCUUAAAAUUUCAUUGUAAGCAAGUCUUUCAAAACCUUCUGUUUAACAUCAAUCAUGAAAAAACAAAUUUGUACUGAAAUUCAGAAACAUUGUGCUUCCCUCUGGCAGGAGUAUUGACAGUUGAUCCAUGCUGUUUUGUAUGGACUGUAUGGACACGCAUCGCUGUUCUUCCGAAUCUUCAAAUUUUGUAAUAACAAUACAGACUAUUCAUUACAAAUAAAUGAAAUGGGAACCUCACAUCACUCCGAUCACUGUGACCUCUGCUCAGAUUAAAAAGGGGGUAACAGGGAUGCACACACACUUGUGUUCUGCCACUACACACUCAUUGUUGGCCGUGCAAACCAAUAGCAUAUAUAAUUUCUUCAGGGUAAUUCCAUCGACAUUUCUUCUGCCACUUUACUGAAGCUUGAGAUUGAAGUUGCAUUCAGUACAUCCGUUCUCUCCUCAUUGUUUAAUUUUAAGUUUGUCUUGUUUAGACUUACUGCAUUGCAACACCCGAUGCCUGAGCGCCAUGCAGUUUAAAGGCUUAUAAAGGCACCUGAUGCCAUUUUACAGCCAAUUGUGCAAUCAAGUGCAGCCAGCAAGGGGCAGUGUUUACACAGGUUUCGGUUGCUAGCUUGCUCUGAGGGCAAUUUCAGCUAGAUUUACUUGAACAGGAGAUGUUGAUAAAGGCCCUCCUCUGUCCUAGCUCAUCUAGGAGUGCUUACUGUGCAGUAGCAGAUCUUUUAUUCUGCACAGAAGAGAAGGCUCCUGAACUUGGAGAGUAAAAGGUUGUCAUUUUAUUGCAUUCUUUUUGUCAUCUAGCUGGGCUAGAAAUGUUGAUCUGUUAAUUUAUUAAAAUUGGGUUAUGGGAUCAUUAGAUGAUUAUUAAAAAGGGGUAUUUAUGGUGGAUUUUAAUGUAUAUAUUUUGUAGCUGCAAAGCCAUAAACUAAUACACCUAACAUCGCAAACUCCUUUAUGUGCACAAUGGUUCCCUCUUAAAAUAAUGUUUUUCCAAUAUAUGAGAGCCCAUGCAAUUAGAGAUUGUUUGCUGUUUUCAAAAUCGAGGAACAAGUUUGUUAAAAUAUGUUAGAAAACGUGCAAAUUUAGGUAUCUUGCAUGACUGCCCAAGACUGAGUUCAACUCAGAUUCCAUGUGCUUGUGGGAGAAUGUUCCCCGUGUGUUCACUAGACAUGCUGGCAGGAGUUUCUUGCUUGUUUUUGAGUUUCAGAGAACAUGUUUGAAGUGUAUAUGAAAAGAAUAAAGGGCUUUAAAGUUUUGAAUACCUAUUAAACAAAGGUUAUAUAAUGAUGUUAUCAAGUGUCAAAUGUAAUAAAUAUUUCUAAGUUACAAGUA